UGUUGUUGUCCUUAGUCGCUAACAACUACAUGCUGCAGUGAUGUAGCACAUGGAACAGGGACUUUAACCCGCUGUGUCCGGCUAACCCGAGCUGCGGUCUCCGUCCUCGCUGGACCUCGAGGAACCACUUCAUGAAACUACCGCGGCUCCGUGCCUCAAACCCCGCUAGCUGAACUUAGCCGCAAGCUAGCACCGUCGUCAGCGCUAGUUCGGCGAUGCGCUGCAGUUUGUUUGUUUUCCUCCCCGUCUCGUCUUGCCGGGCGGAUAGCAACGUUGUGAUUUAGUCCGUGUGCUGUGGAGCGGAGGAUUCACACAUCCACCACCGUCACCUUCACCGUCGUCGCCGUCGUCCCCGUGUUCCAUGCUGCUGUCCAGCUAAGAUGUGGCAAAGUGUCGGGCUCACGCUGCUGGUCAUUGUGGCCACACUUGUCUGCGCGCUGCUCUUCAUGUUGUUCGGUUGGUAUGUAGUCUGGCAGCUCUUCCUGUCCAAGUUCAAGUUCCUGCGCGAGCUUGUCGGCGAGGCAGGGACCCCGAAGGCCGAAACUCAACCGUCCGAAACCAAGAGCGAACGCGCCGCCAACGCCCCGACCCGGAAUCGGCCCAGGACUGCACGCCAAAGAGUUGCCUCUGCAGAAAGCACUUCAUAGAUCAUCCCGACAGCCACUGUGUAAUCCGCACGCGAAGAAGCCGCUCCACAAACGUUGUGUGUGUGAUCAUCAGAGAUAUUCCCCGACCGACCCUGCACUCUACACUACACGAGGAGCUCGUGGACACUCGGUUGUGAGCCCCACCUCCUCCCACCAGGACACUUUAAACUGACCGGGCUGAUCUCCUGGUUUCAAAGGAAAAAGCCAUUCAUGUAUCAUUGCUGUCCAUUCUUAAUGUCAUCUUGUCCACGUGUUUUUAAUUAUGCACAUGUCGUAUGAACUUAGCAGUGAGUCUGGGGGCUCUGUUCGCAGUCCUCCUCCGCUUAUCCUGCAAUAGUGACGGCCAGCUGUCCCGAGCACCCGAGCUGCUUCCUCCCACCUCUGUGGAGCACAGAGCUGCUCCAGCACACAGGGAGACAUGGUCAUUCUCUCACGUACAUGUUGUAAUCGUGUAUUUUUUUAGCAGAUUACUGUCGACGCGGAGCUCAUCCGCGUCAUUUUAACAAAAACAACUGAAGAUAAACUCAAAAAACUGAAAUAAUGAUUUGUGCAACUGACGACGUUACUUUCUUUUAAAAAAAAAAAACAUGACAAAAGUGCAAUGAAGGGAAAGUUCACAGCUGUCACUUUUAGUUGUUUCUUGCACAGUGUAUUUACUCUACGUAUUAUGGGUCUGUGAGGUGGAAACUCAUGUAGUAGUCGAUGCCCAAGGCCUCCGAGGAAGACGACGAAUGACGAAGGCGUCAUUCCAGUUGUGUAAAAUGUGACCUAUUUCUUGCAACUUCUCCUAUACCCUUAAAAAAAAAAAAGAUUUAUACUUGAAGAGUCAGGAGAAUGUUUCAAGGAAAUGAUCAGAGGCAGCUGUACGCAUAGUUAGCUGAAGACGUGGAGCACACAACCACCCCCCCCCCCCCCCCAGUUCCCUGUGCCUCUGUCUGUAUCAGUGCCUGUCUAGAUGGCAUCCGCUGUUUGUUACCUGGCCUCCUUUUGUAUAACCGACAGUAACUUCGUGCCCAUUACAGGGCAAAACCCAAGCUGACCAGGGCCUAGUCAAUAUUCCCUCCAGGUACAACUCAUUGUAACGCUUGCACCUUUUAUCAGCAAUGAUUUUUCUUUUUUCUUUCCUUCUUUCUUCAGAGAAGCUGUAGCUUCAAAUAAAUGACGCCAUGAAUAUCCUGA